AUUGCUCUCGCGAUACAAGCUAUCACUAUGAUGUUUGCAUGCAGUAUUUAUUAGCAGCAGUCUCCCUCUACAGUUCGACUCAGUUGGUAAACGCGUUGCUGCUGUAAGGAGGCAUUUUCGACAUUUCUUCUUUGACAGCACAUCAUCCUAUAUUUAGGAAAACAACUAUUAGCAGCAGAGCAGAGGGACGCGGACUGGCAAAGGGAGAAGAAAAAUAAUUCUCCAACAAUCCCUCCGCGCGAGUUUUCCCCGCAGAAGCAGCCGGAUCUGAGGUGAAGUAGAGCAGACCUUCCUCUCCCUGCCAACCAGAAGGAAUCACGACUGCAGUUCCCGGCACACAAACACUUUUUACCUCCGUCAUGCAGCUCUCCACUUACCUCGUUUUUUUGUCAAUCUUUCUCAUUGCUCUCAUCCCAACCUGCUUUUCCCAAAAUGAUGGCGACCUUGUUAAUACACAUAGUGGUCUAGUUCAAGGUGCGCGCUUUCCGGUGCCAGAUGGGAGCUAUGUCACAGCUUUCCUCGGCAUCCCUUUUGCUGAGCCACCACUGGGUAAGCGUCGCUUCCGUCCUCCUGAGCCGAAGCGCAGAUGGACAGGGAUUCUUGAGGCUAAUGCCUACCCAAACGCCUGUUACCAGUAUGUGGACACGUCGUACCCGGGUUUCCAGGGCACUGAGAUGUGGAAUCCUAACAGAGAGAUGAGCGAGGACUGCCUGUACCUUAACAUCUGGGUGCCUGCCUCGCCCAGGCCCCACAAUCUCUCGGUUAUGGUGUGGAUCUAUGGUGGAGGUUUCUACAGUGGCUCUUCUUCGCUGGAUGUGUAUGAUGGCCGUUACCUUGCUCACACUGAGACAGUCAUUGUGGUCUCCAUGAAUUACCGUAUUGGAGCCUUUGGUUUCCUCGCUCUUCAUGGCUCUUCAGAGGCUCCUGGAAAUGUCGGCCUGCUGGACCAGAGGUUGGCAUUGAAGUGGGUGCAAGAAAAUAUCCAUUCCUUCGGUGGAAACCCCAAACAGGUGACCAUCUUCGGUGAGAGUGCUGGGGGUGCUUCAGUCGGGUUCCACCUGUUGUCUCCAGACAGCAGACCUUUUUUCACAAGGGCCAUCCUUCAGAGCGGGGUCCCCAACUGUCCGUGGGCCUCUGUCAGCCCUGCUGAGGCCAGAAGACGUGCUACGCUUCUGGCAAAGCUUGUUAACUGUAAUGGAGGCAACGACACUGAGCUGGUGGACUGUCUGCGCAACAAAACUCCACAGGAGCUUAUUGACCAAGAAUGGCUGGUUCUGCCAUGGUCAGCUCUGUUCCGGUUUUCCUUUGUACCAGUUGUGGAUGGUGAUUUUCUGCCUGAUACUCCAGAAGCAAUGAUUAACUCAGGCAAUUUUAAAGACACUCAGAUUCUUCUUGGUGUCAACCAAGACGAGGGCUCUUACUUUCUGCUGUAUGGAGCGCCAGGAUUCAGCAAGGACAACGAGAGUCUAAUUUCCAAAGAAGACUUCCUGGAAGGUGUACGACUGAGCGUACCGCACGCAAACGAUAUCGGCUUGGAGGCAGUGGUGCUGCAAUACACUGACUGGAUGGAUGAGAAUAACGGAGUGAAAAACCGCGACGCCAUGGAUGACAUUGUUGGAGAUCACAAUGUAAUUUGCCCACUGGCACAUUUUGCUCGUUCAUAUGCACAGCACCACACUCUAAAGGCAAACCUGGGCAUGAUGAACAGUGGAGGAAACUCACAAGGCGGCGUGUACCUCUACCUGUUUGACCACCGGGCUUCUAAUUUAGCCUGGCCGGAGUGGAUGGGAGUCAUCCAUGGCUAUGAAAUCGAGUUUGUCUUUGGGUUGCCACUGGAGAAGAGACUCAAUUACACCACCGAAGAGAAGAAUCUGAGUCGGCGCAUAAUGAAAUACUGGGCAAACUUUGCACGGACAGGGAAUCCUAACGACGGGCUGCUGGACACUAGGAAACGCUGGCCUUUGUUUACGGCGAAUGAGCAGAAACAUGUCACACUCAACACCGACCCUCUUAAAAUCCACAAAGGUUUACGCAACCAGAUGUGUGCUUUCUGGAACCGCUUUCUGCCACGCCUUCUGAACAUCACAGGCAACAUCGACGAGGCAGAGCGUCAGUGGAAGGUGGAGUUUCACCGUUGGUCCUCCUACAUGAUGCACUGGAAGAGUCAGUUUGAUCACUACAGCAAGCAGGAGCGCUGCACCGACCUCUGAGAGCCUCACCGUCACGCUGUGGAGACGGAGAAAGAUAGACGACUUGUUUAAUUUUGUCUCACUGACUUUGUUCCUGUUUGGUUUCUCAACACACAAGCUCACUCUUUUUAUUCUUAUUUAUAUUAUUUAUAUUAUUUAAACUAUUUAUUGACGUGUGUCACUGAAUGUGGGUUUCUGUGUCUAUAAAGGGAAGACACUGGAGGAAACUAAUCAUGAAGACAAGAUGUUACCGUGUGUGUGUGUGUGUGUGUGUGUGUGUGUGUGUGUGUGUGUGCACGCACAUGUGUGUGUCUGUAUGUGUGUUUGAAUUGCUUGAAAGCUCUGAGUUUAACUCGGAUCCUGAUCGGAGUGUGACACCAGUCCAUGGGGGCGGGGAGGUUAUCUUUUUUCCCUCCUCUUCACAGUAUUUCAUCAGAAUGAACAUUUGCUUCAUGACGUUUCCUUCCCUGCAUCCCUGUAUGUCGUCUGUUUGAGCAGUUACAAACGUGCUUUACUUUU